AGCCAACCCAUCUGACGUCCUUUCUUGCCCACAAUGUUUAUUACACCCCAAGAGUCCCACCUGAUUUCCGUGCGCGCGGGGCAGGGCGAUCUUGCUGGACUUGCCAUUAUCGUCAAGAGUCUUGCCCAGCGGGAAAAGGUGACCGAAGCAGAGGUCUUGAUCUCAUGCAAGGACGACUUCCAGAGAACGGCGGCGCAUAUUGCAGCUCAGCUGGGACAAAGAUCUUCAAUCGAGACAUUGGCAGCCCUGCUCGACUCAAAAGAGGACAAGACCACUUAUUUCAACAUGGCGAAUCGCUUUACGGGCGACCGGCCGGUCCAUACAGCAAUGCGUUUUGGCUACCUUGAGGUCUUGAGGACACUGGUCAUGCAUGGCGCUGACCCGACAGCCAAGAACCGAUUCGGAGAUACGGUAUUAGACUAUCCGGGGGAAUAUGAGAUGGACGAGGUCAAGAGCAUUGUCGACGAAUACAGGGCAAGGUUUCCACAGACCACGACAUGAGUACGUUGGCGAGGGAAGAGAAGACAGCAAGUAUGUAUCAAACGAAGGCAUCAAGGAGUUGGCACCGCCUUCUAAUCGGGCGGAAGUCGAGCAAUGAGCAUGUAUUUUCCGGAAGGCCCAAACACACCACGUUCCCUAUCUGCUGGUUCAGUUGUCCACUGAUCCUCCUUCCUACACUGGCAGGCUGGGUCUCUCGUGCUGAAUCGAGAAGGCGGUCGUCUUCAAGGCUUGGAACUGACGUCAAGAACGGGCCAAAGGAAACAUGUACUGGGGGUGCUCUCCUUCCUUGUGAGUGAAGAUGGAGAAAGCAAAAUUGAUCAUGAAGGUUUUGGUUUUCUCUUUUACUGUACUGCCCAAUAUCCCUUCACGAUCUCGCCAUGCAUCAGUUUUCAUGAGCAAGCAUCAUUCCGAAGACGGGCUUUUGGCUGAACACCCUGCAUAGUACUUAGAUUUGAUAUCAAUUCGACCUCUUCUCCAUCAUG